UGGGAACGCGCAUCAAACCAGAACUGCUGUGGUUUAUUUGGCGAGCUGCUGUUGCGGUUUUCAUUCUGCAACUUCCUUUUGUGUGAAGCUGCAGCUAUGGGCCCGGACCACACACCAGACAUUAAAACAGAGUCUUCAGAGGACAGUCCAGGAGUUGCUGAAAUUAAGGUAAUCCCAGAAUCAGAUUCCAAUGAUGCUUCAGCUGCAUCUGAGCCUGAGAACUCCAAACAACCAGAGAGCAGAACAUCAGACAAGUGCUACUCCUGCUCCGUCUGCAGGAAGAUGUUUGACAGACCGUCAAAGCUAGAGAGGCACAAAGUAGUCCACUCCAGGGAGCCCAAAACGCUUCAUCAGUGUCCGCAUUGCGAGAAGAGCUUCACUCAACAGGAUAAGCUGCUCCGACACCAAAACUGCCACAACAGAACAAACAAGCAUCCCUGUCCCGACUGUGGGAAAGUCUUCAAUAGGCCUUCGAAGCUGGAGAGGCAUAAACGCACACACUCAAAGAAACCGAGGGUCCCCCAUCAGUGCUCAUACUGUAUGAAGACAUUUAGUAAGCUGAACAAACUUGUCCGCCACAAGCGAAUGCACACGGGUGAGAAACCUUUCACCUGCCCCAUCUGUGGAAAGGGAUUCUCCGAGUCAGGUCACUGCAAAGCACACGAAAAGACCCACGAGGAUCAGCCAGAGAAGCCUCACUGCUGCCCGGACUGCGGCAUGCGCUUCUUUAAAGCCUCCGAGCUCCGUCGGCACCUCCGUUCCCACACGGGAGAGAAGCCUUUCAGGUGCACGCUGUGCGAGAGCUGCUUCUCGCGCUCAGAGGGGCUCAAAAGACACAUGAGAAGCCACACGGGGGAGAGGCCGUACAAAUGCAUCAUCUGCGGAAAAGGAUUUUACUCACGCCAGGAUCUGAAUACUCAUGGAUUGAUUCACUCAGGAGAGAAGCCUCAUCUUUGCCCCGUGUGCGGCAAAGGCUUCUCACAGCUGGGCAAUAUGAAAGAGCAUGAGCAAAACGUCCAUAUUAAGUCAGAGAAGUAUAUUUGCAACGAGUGUGGGGCGACUUUCACUCGGUACAAGUCGAUGACGAAGCAUCAGCGGACACACACAGGAGAGAGGCCCUACCUGUGCCUCACCUGUGGUCGCAGGUUUUCAUGGAGCCACUCCCUCAGUAGACACAGAAGGACACACGCACAUCAGCAGAUGUGUUUGGACACAUCGAAAGACUUAAGUUUUGAAGGACCAUCUGAGAAUCCCAGCAGCUGAAAAAUAAAGAGUGAGACGAAUUCAUCUUCUUUUAACUUUUCUAAAGAGACACUUUUGUUCUUUUUAGUACACUAAGGAAAUUGUUGCAUGCUUUUAAUUGUUCACAUUAAAAUUUAUUUCUCAAAACCCCAUCACAUCUUCCUUGGAUGGCAGAGUUCAACUUGAUUACUAAAAAUCUUUUGUUUUUAAACCUUAGGUUGACUUAUUAGAAGAUUUAUUACAACCAAAGUGAAACUUGUAAUCGUUCACAACCAAACCAUUCAGAUUUUUGAAAACUAGAAUCCAUGCGAGAGGUAGCUCAGUGAGUGCAAGUUAAAGAUUUUUGCUGUUAUAACUGUAAAACUGUUUCGUUUUGUAUUGAGAUGAAUAGCACUUAAGAUGUAAUUGUGUAAUCCACUGAUUGUUUUUUUCAUGGUACAUGGCACUUACUGUCAAUAAAGAUAUUUACUUUGC